AUGCACGCGGUUGGAUUACACUCGGCGCUGGCCAUCAAGCGUCAGCGAAUGCGCCGAGACGAGCAGCGUCGCGCGCGCGAGCGUCGUUAUAGUGCACAAUCGGGUGAAAGCGGCCUGACGUCGCCUAGGGCCUCGACCGGAUCACUGGACCAUCACGGCAGGCACCACAAGGGCACGCAUGGCGGGGCGCGCGCGGCCGGCCAGGGUAUGCUGGACACAAAGGUAGUUACCUCGAUCGGGAUGCUGCACAUUGGUGUGGUAUUCCUGGUGCUCGGCGCUUUCCUGUUGAUGAGCGGCCUGUUACCGGGCGACCUCGCCCACUGGGGCACCAAGGCAUCCGGCGGCUGGUGGAACGAGCUGGUCGCGAUCGGCCUGUUCGCGAUCCUCGUCGGUGUCUUCCUGAUCGUUCUGAAUCGCGUGAUCGCAAAGAAGGAGGAGGACGAUCUCGAGGAAUACGUGCAGCGGCAACUCACCCGAUCCCGUUCCGGGCAUCGAUUGGAGCGCGACGUGGAGACCGGCGGGCUGACCACCCGCCACGCCCGACGGGCGAAGCAAAUGAGGCAAGUGUCGUCGGACACUUGCCUCGAAAUCAAGGACAACGGCAAGGUUGACAACGGCGGCGGUAGCGGUUCGCCGCCACGGAGCCCACCGCCGGCAUACACACCGCAGGUUACGAUCAACGGCGACAAUCAGUCAGUGGUCCAGGCAGGGCUCUACCUCGAGCAGAUCACCGAGGAGGAGAUUAUCAGCGACCGCGUCGAGACUUCGACCACCAACAGCCUCAGUCCAGGCUCGCCCAGCGAGACUCGGGAACUGUUGCAGAACACACGAUACUCGAAGCAAAACGGAAACCCGCAGCAGGUUCAUCGACCGCUUUACAUCUCCAAGAUCUAA